AUGCCGCCUUGGUGGAGUGUCCCAACGCCACAACCGGUUUAUACCCAGACUCCGCCUACGGCUGAGCCUGUGUACGACAGGGGAAACACGGUCAGGCCCCGGGUGUUUCCAAUAGGAAGCUCCAACCCUAUAGUGGGAACUGCCCCGGGUAUGGGCGCCCCACCAGCACAGCCUAUAAAUGUGGAAGAAGACGAACUUACCAGACCGUACAAGCCGAUAGGCGCGACGUUCCGGUCUAAAUUCACUCGAAGAAUCGCCGAGGCUCCUAUCAAGGAAAAACCCAAGAUGCCCCAAACGGUUGGCAAGUAUGAUGGCCUCGCCGACCCGGAUGAUCAUCUCAACUUAUUCAAGAGCGCCGGCGAAGUAGCCUGUUGGUCCAUGCCCUUAUGGUGCAAAAUGUUCGUACAAACGCUAGUGGGCGCGGCCCGAGUUUGGUGGGAUAGCCUGCCUACAGGCGAAAUAGACAGCUUUGAAGAUUUAGAAUCAAAAUUUAUCUUACAGUUUAGCCAGCAGCGCAGACACACGAAAGAUAGAAACGAGCUCCUCGACAUCCGUCGGCGAGAUAAUGAGACGGUAGAAAAAUUUAUCAUCGGAUUUAACAAGGAAAGCCUGGCGAUCCCGGGCAUGACAAAUGAUCUGGCAUGUGGAGCUUUCCUUCAGGGGGUCAAUGAUGACGAGUUACUGAGAACGCUACAUGGAAGGGAUGGUGUACCCCCAACAAUCGAUGAAAUACUUCGAAUAGCCAAAGUAUACGUCAUACAAGAGAAGGUAGUGGCAGCUAGCCAUGCAGCCAAUAGGAAAAAAGAAGCCCUAAAGAACCAGGAGGAAAAAGAUCACCGGGGAUCUAAAGGCAAAAGUAGGGGAGACCGAUACCAGAGAAACGACAAAGACACGCGUGAGGGUUGUCACAUUAACCCACCAAAACCACUGAAAGAUAAACCUAACAAAGAUACGAGUAAAUACUGUGAGUACCACAAAGGGAGCGGGCAUGACACCAACGAUUGUUUUCAGCUCAAGAAACAGAUCGAAUAUUUUGUAAAGGCGGGCAAAUUGGCACACCUAGUAAGAGAUAUCAAGCAAGGCCCGCCUGUUGUCAAGGAAGAAAGUGACAAGGCGGCAGGCAAGAGGCCGCGUGAAUUGAAUAUGGUACACGCGUAUAUGGGAAGGGGGGCAAAACGGAGUUUCUCCACGCUCGAACCCUGGAUGUUGGCAACGAUGACCAUAGAACCUCGUAUGGAGGACUUGCACCUCACUACAGAUGCCCUGAUCAUAUCCGCGGCAGUAGGAGACUACCACAUGAGGCGAAUCCUGGUCGACACCGGGAGCUCGGAAGACAUUAUCUAUGAGCAUUGCUUCAACAGAAUGCAACCAGAAGAUAGAAAGUUGCUUGAAUCAGUACACGCCCCCAUCAAAGGGUUCACAGGGGAAAAGGUUGACCCUAUCGGUCAGAUCACUUUCCCGGUAACUUUUGGGCAGUCACCUAAAGAAAGAACCAUACUCCUGACCUUGCUUGUAGUCCGCGCUGAGUCAUACCACAACGUGAUAAUCGGAAGAUUCACCCUGGGAAAAUUGGACGCCAUAGUCUCCACGGCAAGAGGUUUCUUGAAGUUUCCUACACCGCGAGGUAUUGCUACUGUGUUUCUUGACAAGAUUGGAGAAGUACUGAGUACCUAA